UGAUGGUAGAAAACCUAUUUGGAAGAAUCAUGAACCAAGUCUGCGAAAAUCCAUCUAGUCAAACAGACGUUACUCUCCAGCCCAAACGCCCUGCGUUGUCGUGGGGUGUGAAAAUCAGGAGGAAGUUGAAAAGCGUGGCACCUUUCCUGGGCAGAUUCAGACCGCUGGUCGGACAGUGCUGUCACCAAUGCACCCCCGAGAGUCUGGGUCUGAAGCUGCUGUGCAACACUCCUCCUCUGGGCUUUCAGAACUUGACGUGUGUGAACGAGACACACACCGGGUACCGUGGCUGGUUAGUAAGAAGGGUGUGCUGUUUGUUGUUUGUGUGGGGUCGUGAGGUUCACCCCGGCCCGGAUGGAGACAGACGGCACAGAGUCCAUGGCAGUGAGAGAGUGAAGAAGGCUUUGGUGACGGCAUGUUCCUCAGAUGAGACCAAAGCCAUGGAGCUGCCUGAGGUCAGAGGUCAUUUAGACACAAUUCUGGCCGUCACACAGACCUUCAUCUCUCCCAGCUUACUCAGGCUGGUGAGCUGGUUGCUGCUGAAGAUCUUCGAUUUAAUGUUCUGCAAUGUGCAGAUCAACCUUAACCAGCUGGCAGCCUUACGCCGUGCCACACAACUGAAAGCCCCACUGGUCUAUGUGUGUGUUCGGCAGAGCAGCAUCGAUCACGCUCUCAUUUGUCUCACUCUCUUCUGCCACAACUUGAGGGUUCCCUACACUGUUUUUCCAGCCCACGUUCGACAAACCUGGCUAAGGUCUAUCCUUCAGAGGCUGGGUGUCGUUUUGCUUCCAGAAGGCAGUGGCUCAGAGCGAGACGCUGAGAUGGACAGCCUCUAUUCUCCAGUCAUGACCUCUUUCGUUGGUGAGCUGUUACGAGAGGGCGCCGCUCUCUGCUUGGGCAUCUCUGCAGCCGAAGGUCACAGCGGGCAGUGGUUGGCGCGUGUACAUCAGGCCAUCAGUGACGGUCUAGUGCCCGAUGUUUGCAUUGUGCCAGUGGGCAUUUCCUAUGAUUGCCUGCCACGCCACGUUAUACGUUCACAGGCCGGCGUUAUGUCUGCUCUGGGGUUUGCGCUCUCCCUGCUGAAGUGUGGUCACAGAGGAAGUGUUAGGAUCCAUUUCGCACAGGCUUUCUCUCUGAAGGAGAUGUGCGAGAGUGGAAAGUGUCGUGUGGAUGGUGGGCGCCCCCUACAGGACCUGCUGAUGACCGCCAUUGUGCACAACAGGAUGGACUCCAUCUUCAGCCAGAAGGAUGUUUCCUGGCUCCUCCCAGACGCUGUUAUGCCUGAACUCCCUCCUGCGUAUAGACAGCAGACUAUCGCACUGACUCUUCAUCUCAUCUACUCCUCAACUACAAAUAUGGCUGUCAUGUCUACCAGUCUAGUAUCCUGUUUGCUGCUCCACAAGCAUCGCAAGGGCGUGCGUGUGUCCAUGCUGUGCCGGGACAUCUGCUGGCUGCUGGAGGAGGUGUUGUUCAGAAACACAGACGUGGGUUUCGGUGGCUCUCUGGUUGGGCUGGUACAUCACGCGCUGUCUCUGCUCCGCCCGUAUCUGGUUCUUGCUGCGGCUCCACCUACAGGAGAGCCCAUCAUUGCACCACGGUCCGAUCCAGACUCUCUGCUCACACUGAGCAAGCAUUGCGACGUGAUCACUCGUGUCUUCAUACACGAGGCUGUAGGAGCGUGUGCUGUUUCAGCCAUGCUGAGUGAGGUUGUAGGCUGUGGAGGAGGUGAAGACCUGGAGUUUGAUGCCGUUCUGGGUCAGAACGAACUGACAGAGAAAAGCCUCCAACUCACACAUUUACUCUCACCCGGAUACAUACCACCGUGUCAGAACGCUCAUAGCUUUGCUCUUGAUGUUGUGGACAGCAUGGUGCGCUGUGGGGUUCUGGUUAUGGAGGAGGUUCAGACAGAUGCACCGGUGUGUGACUUCAUGAAGAGACAUGGUGUGUUAUCAUGGACUGUUUCAGACAAUCCUGAUGAGAGCAGCGAUUCAGACUGUGAGGAACCAGACAUACACACCUACAAGUUGAGUCAGCCGUCUCAGUGCCCGAAGCUGCUCUUCUUUUUCUGUAGUUUACUGAGUGUCCAACUGAGAGCUCUGUGCUGGGCGCUGGAGAGCCUUCAUUACCUCCCAUUGCCCAUCACUGAGACAGACUGUUUGAGCCAACUACACACAAACUUGAAGAACCGAGCUCAGCUGGAUGGAGCACGCUACGAGAGCUCAUCUGUCGACUUGGUGAAAAUGGCUCUUCGUACCUUCAUUGAUCUUGGGGUGCUGAUUGAGGACAGGCAGAGAGAAGAUGUGUAUCUCGACGUCAAUCCGCUCUUCUCGCAGGGCGCUUACAAAGAGAAGCUCGUGCAGUUUUUCAAACAGUUCAUGUUUAACUGAAGAAGAAAAGUACAAGACUCAAAGAGAAGUCAGACUCAGCUGGGAAUGAGAACAGAAGGUGAUUCUGACAUUACUGUUUACUUCCUCACCAUUGGGUGUAUCAUUCAUUAGCCAUGUUUGUUUUUACAUAGUUUGUUUGGCCUAGUAGUUUAAUACUGCAGUGUGUGUGCUGCUGAGGUAGCUUUCCAUUGUUGGAAGCCCAUACAUUUAAUUUUUUAUUGUAUUAUUCAGAUAAUUGUUGCGCUGUUAAAAACUUCCACAAAUUACUUGUUGUGACUAAACUAAUUUCGUUUUUGGACGAAUAACCUAAGUUGAAAAUGAUUGGUUCAAUUCUUUUAUAGUUCUAAAGUUAAACUCAUUUAGUGAAAGUAAUUG